AUGGGGGAUCAGGGUUCGCUGCAGGCCCUUGCGGACGCGCCGUUUCCCUUGACCGAGGUUGACAAAUGGGUCCUUUCGCAGUCGGAUGAGGAUUAUAAGCUGCAUGACUGGGACGAUCUGAGGCACAUUAUCGAAUCAAAUAAUCUCAGUGUUUUGAAAAGAAAGCCCUCAGAUCUCCGUCGCUACAUUGCCUGGACCACAGAGACCAAAGCACAAUAUGGCACCAUAACAGAGUACAUCCUGCAGAAUCGUCUGCCCAAAGCCUGGGGACUGCCACCGUUCGUACCCGAAUCGCAGGUCCCUUUUGAUGCCGCAUCAGACUUCAAGGCCCUGCUGAAUGAUUGGCCGUACGGCAUGACGCCGGAGAUCACGCACAUUGUUGUGUGGUCCCGCACUGCGAUUCCUACUGAUCCUGAGACGGGGGACCUGACAACUGAGAGCAGAGCCCAGGUGGAAAAUUUUGUCAAGACGUAUUUCGUCGAUAAGCUGGGUGCCGGAGGAGAACAGCAAGUGCUGUGGUUUAAGAACUGGGUUGCGCUGCAAAGUGUGCGGACGCUGGAGCACUUCCAUGUGUUGGUCCGCAAUGUUGACGAUGAUAUGCUGGAGCGCUGGACGGGGGAGCGCCCUCAAAGGAGUGAGAAGUGA